AUUCAUCCUAUGUGACCUGUGUCACAUUCUCUGCAGACGGCAAGUACAUCCUCAGCGGAGGUGUAGACGACAAGAUCUCAGAGUGGGCAGUACCCAGCAAUGCUAAUUCAAAGAUACUCGCUAUCACGACAGCCCAUAAUGCAUGUCUAAUUGGGGACCUGUCUACCGCUGAAGAGCUACUCACUCAAGAGAUCAACGCCGACGGCAACAACUUUACUUCAUAUGCACAUCGCUCAUUUGUUAUGGCUCGAAAACACGACUGGGACGAUGCCCUUCAGGAUGCAAUCAAGUCCAUCAGCAUUCAGCCCUCGUCGACAGGCUAUAUCUCCAAAGCCAUCGCCCUCUGCGGAAAAGGCCACGUCCGGGGAGCAAGGACAGCAUUGGAUGUCGCAUCCAUGUUCACAAAUCAAGACUCAAUAGCCAACCACUUUCUUCUCUUGAUAAAGGCCAUCACGCUCUUCAAUGCAGAUCAACACGAGGAAGCCAUGCUGCUCAUCAAAGAGCUGGCUGCCGCUUGUCUGAAUACUGAUCCUCUUGGCUGUCAUGUUGUGGAAGCAUAUCUACGUGUUCAGCUUGGAAUCAAAGCCUCGGAUGGCGCUUUUCCAUCGAAAUACGUGCCUCAAAUAUACGAAGACUUGACUGUGCUCUUCGGCUGGGAUCUCGAGUCUUUGUGUCUCACUGCACACCAGAAACGGUGCCAGGCGUUCCUUUCAGCAAGUAAAUCUGAUGAAGCCCUCCAAGCACACCAAUGCAUGAUGAAUGCCAUUGAUGAAUCCACGAAGGCCAGCUGCCUCGAUUGGUCGAACGAAUUUAAGGAAAGAUGUAGCGCGCUCACUGAACAGAAUGACCGUAUUCUUGGCGCAGAGAUUCCCGGGCAAGAUCAGGAUGGCUACGAUACGGAACCCAAUUUCUUCCAUGGGAGGCAUCAACAUUCUCAAAUUUCCCGGCCACGACCUCCACAGCGCCCUGGGCACCUCAAAAGACUCAGGCUCACUAUAACUAGAACCCCACGUUCAGCUCCUCCACCUGCACCAGCUACUACCUCAACACCAGUAGAGGCUACUACCACCUUGAAAAAACACCUACGACGCCUAUUCACCCUGCCACCCCAUCGUGGAACGCUACCCGUGGUCGACGUUUCUUUUGCCAAGGGUCGACUACGUAAUGCUGCAGCGGGUGCUCCUGGAAAUCCCAAUACGCAACAGCAACCAGUAGUGGCGCAGGUAGAUACCGGGCAACAUGGACGCGGUCGAUCUUGUUGCUGCUUCUAGAACAAUUAAUGUAUUUCUACCGUUGAUCUUGUUAUGAUAUCUACGUCAGAAGCUCUGCUACUAGUAACGGAGGUGCACAGCAUGGGCGUACAAAGCUUCCCUUCACCCAGUAGAUUAUCAGCUCGGAGACGCCAUGGCUCUGGAACAGUUUUAGAGUUAGAUUGACUCCCCAUUCUGACAAAACAAGAGGGCGUGCUACCGUUAAGAGACCUGCAAUGUCAGGACUUCCUAAUUUACAAUUAGCCUUCGAUGCAUUGACUGACUUUCUGAAGCCUCUCUGUAGUGUUAAUCCGGACUCCGCAGUCCAGAGUCGGGUUGACAAAUUACAUAUCCAACUUGAACAGCAACGCGUGACAUCGCUGAUUCCUUUCU